AUGGCCUACCAAUACCACAACGACCUUCUUGCUCCCUACCUCGCCCUCCCCCAAGGCGACAAGAUCCAGGCGGAAUACGUCUGGAUUGACGGCGACGGUGGUCUUCGUUCAAAGACCACGACCGUCAGCAAGAAGGUCACGGAUAUUGGCCAGCUCCGCAUCUGGGACUUCGAUGGUUCUUCAACCAACCAAGCCCCUGGCAACGACUCCGAUGUCUACCUCCGUCCUGCCUCCAUCUUCAAGGACCCCUUCCGUGGUGGCGACAACAUCCUUGUCUUGGCUGAGACCUACAACAACGACGGCACCCCCAACAGGACCAACUACCGCCACCAUGCCGCCAAGGUCAUGGAUCAGGCCAAGGAUGAGGUUCCUUGGUUCGGUCUUGAGCAGGAGUACACUCUUUUCGACGCCGAUGGCACUCCUUUUGGGUGGCCCAAGGGUGGUUUCCCCGGUCCCCAGGGUCCCUACUACUGCGGUGCUGGUACUGGCAAGGUCUUCGCUCGCGAUCUCAUCGAGGCCCACUACCGCGCCUGCCUCUACGCCGGCAUCAACAUCAGUGGAAUCAACGCCGAGGUCAUGCCCUCUCAAUGGGAGUUCCAAGUCGGUCCCUGUGAGGGUAUCUCCAUGGGUGACCACCUCUGGAUGGCCCGCUACCUCCUGGUCCGCAUUGCCGAGCAAUGGGGCGUCAAGGUCUCCUUCCACCCCAAGCCCCUACAAGGCGACUGGAAUGGCGCUGGUUGCCACACCAACUACAGCACUAAGGCUAUGCGGGAACCCGGAGGCAUGAAGGCUAUUGACGAGGCCAUCGAGAAGCUCGCCAAACGACAUGACGAGCACAUCGCCGUCUAUGGUGAAGAUAACGACCUCCGUCUGACUGGCCGUCACGAAACCGGCCACAUUAGCAACUUCAGCUCAGGUGUUGCCAACCGUGGUGCUUCAAUCCGUGUGCCCAGACAUGUUGCCGCGCAAGGCUACGGCUACCUCGAAGACAGACGUCCUGCUUCCAACAUCGAUCCUUACCGAGUGACAGGCAUCAUCGUCGAGACCACGAUUCUCAACGCUUAG